AUGACCAGGUUAAAUGAAUGGAAUCACGUGAGCACUCAAGACAAUCCAGCCGAUUUAAUAUCGCGCGGUUGCGGUGCCGAUCAAAUAAUAAAUAAUGAUUUAUGGUGGGAGGGCCCUCAUUGGCUCGCCGAUAAUUCCGAAAACUGGCCAAAAUCAAAGAUCAACGUUAACGCCGGUAUAAUACCGGAAGCAAAAGAAAAAAUCACUUUAUUGGUAGAACCCGUAAAUGAAAACUUAAUUAAAAAUUAUUCAUCGUGGAAUAAAUUAUUACGAGUGUUUGCUUAUUGUUUACGUUUUAUUAAAAUCCGUGUCAAAAAACUUGAAGUCAUUGGUCCUAUUCAACUCGAAGAACUACGAGCAGCUGAAAUUGCCGUUAUCAAAAUAACACAAUCAUACUACUGGUCAAGUGAAAUAAAUGGUUUAAUAAAUAAUUCUAUUCUGCCGAACAACAGUAAAUUGAGAAAUUUGCAACCUUUUUUAGAAAAUGGAAUUAUGAGAGUCGGUGGUCGAUUAAAAAAUGCUCUAUAUUUAGACCAAUUUCAACGUAGUCCUAUUUUAAUACCUCAAAAUAGCGCUAUUGCAAAUUUAAUAUUGCAAAAUGAACAUGAAAAAUUGAUGCAUGCCGGUCCUCAAGCUAUGUUGGCCAAUACACGAUUGAAACUCCGACCUAUUAUAGUGGAACCUAUAAUGGGAAAUUUACCAGCGGAACGCCUAGAACCAUGUCGAGCUUUUAAAAAAUGCGGAGUGGAUUUCGCCGGUCCAAUCACAAUCAAAACCAGUUUGAGAAAAAAGGCAGCAGUGACUAAGGGCUACAUUUGCGUCUUCGUUUGUUUUAGUACUCGUGCCGUCCACAUAGAACUU